AAUUAACAGCAGCACYUCAUAAAUCCCAGCGGCGCUCCCUCUGGGGCUCUGUCUGUGUGGCCAAAGCUGUGACAUUGCAACGCAACAUCUGAGCACUGGGGAGAACAGAGGGGAGGCUUUAAAAACCACAGGAUUUCUGUGAAAUGCAGAGCUUUGAGCAGAGCAGGCAGGGAGCUGCCGAGGAGCCUCUCCCUCCAGAUGUGGAAGGGCUCCCAUGCACUUAGAGCUCCAGCCCCUGGUGCCGUGCUGCAGGACUGCUCUGACCCACGCCUGGAUGGCUCCCUGGAGGCUGCCCCUGCUCCCUGUGGCUCUGCUCUGGGGCUGGAUGGUGACCUCUUCCUCCUCCUCCUCCUCCUCCUCACCCAUCACAGCCGCUGCCCCGCGGGACCUGCGGAUCACRGACCCGGGGCUCUUGGGCUCUCUGGAUGUCCAGUGGGAGCCCCCGCCCCUCGCCCCGGCCCUCAAUGAGUGCACCGUGAAAUACAAAUUUGAAUAUCGCAGCUCUGGGGACACGGACUGGAAGGUUAUUUUUACUAGGAGGCUCCGUUUCAGGGUUGGGUUUGACCUCAGCAGAACGGCUGAAGUGAAGGUGCAGACGCUGCUCCAAGGAGGGUGUACAGACGGCGUGGAGGUGCAAAGUGACUGGAUUCAUGCCUCAUUUCAUGUCCCACUGCAAGGAAYGCUGGAAUCAAAGGUGCAGAAUUUCCACUGCAUCUAUCAUGACUGGGAAUACCUGACGUGCACUUGGCAGCCAGGUCUCCUCACACCUCGUGGUGCAAAUUAUGGGCUGUAUUAUUGGUACGAUGGGCUGGACAAUGUKGUGCAGUGUGACCACUACAUCCAGGAGCAGGGGAUAAACGUGGGCUGUGUGCUGCACAACCUCAGCCAGGCUGAGUACCGGGAUCUGAACGUUUGUGUCAAUGGUUCAGCAGCAGCCACCCUGCUACGGCCACUGUACAGCACCCUGCGCCUUCACAACCUGGCAAAGCCCUCGCCCCCGCAGCAGCUGGUGCUKGUGAGUGCAGCCGAGGAGCUGCUGGUGGUGUGGAGCCCGCCGGGCGGGAGAACGCCGGCAUCCUGCCUGGAGUACGAGGUGCAGGCGGCCGAGGAUGCGGGGGCAGCAGCGGCAGCCUGGGCGUUUGUGUCGACCCAAAUGGAAACYGCUCUAACAAUUUCCAGAGCAAAUCAAAGCCACGUUUCAUGUGUUCGUGUCAGGGGCAGAACAAACACUUUUUGUGCUGACCAGGGCUUUUGGAGUGAAUGGACGCAGGAUUGUUUCUCGGUGUCCACAAAAGAGGACAAGCAGCUAUUUAUCCUCAUCCCAGUCAUCCUGAGUUUGUCAAUUAGCCUCAUAAUAUUUAUGCUGAUUGGCCAGUGCAAGAAAAGAUCGGCAGCRGGAAAGCCAGUGCAGGGCUCUGCGGGAUGCUAGAGCUGCUCUGCACCGCCUGUGCUCGAUGGUGCUCGAGGAACACCAUCCCCAGGACAGCCCAGCAGCCCGGAGCUCUYCUCUGCUGCCUUUUGUGACGCUGGGUGCUGCAAUCCCAGUCCUUCACGGGCCCAGGACACCGGAGGGGUUCAAACCAACAGGAAAACUGGAAGAGAUCUAAACUGACAGCGAAAAAAAAAAAAGCUGUUCCUGAUAACAGGACAAGGGAGAAAAAAGGAGGCGGUGGAAACUGCCAUGAAUAAAGAUAAA